AUGUCCUACUUCAAGAUUCCAAGAGGCCUGUGUGAGCAUAUUAAUGGGAUUGUGAGGAGCUUCUGGUGGGGCAGCAAAGACGGCAAGAGGAAGCCGUGCUGGGUUGCUUGGGAUGACAUGAUUAAGCCUAAGAGAUGGGGAGGACUGGGCUUUAGAGAUACUGAAUUAUUCAAUCUUGCUUUGUUGGCUCGGCAAGCAUGGCGAAUACUGAACGAGUCAGCUUUCCUAAGUGCACGAGUCCUUAAAGCAGUUUACUACCCUGACAGGGACUUCCUGGAUGCUGAUGUUGGCUCAUUGCCAUCUCGGGUAUGGCGUGCUAUUGUUGAAGGUAAGGAGGUAUUGGUGCAGGGUCUAAUCAGAAGAAUUGGGACGGGGGAAACAACAAAUAUCUGGAGCACGAACUGGCUACCAAGGGAUGGCCAGCUUCGGCCACUCUGCUGCCCCAUGCCCAACGCACCAUAG